UAAAUUAAAAAAAAAAAAUAAUGAAAAAACAGGGAUCAACUUAUAAAUUAAACUCAAGUCAGUCAGCCAGCUUAAUUUCAAUAAAAACUAUUGUAUUUCCAGAUAAACUAAAUGCGGACAAUUUAUCAAAUACACAUAGUUUUGCACAAAAUUCCUUACUGAAAAAGGAAAAUCAACGUAAAAGUAGCAAAACUAAUUCAAUUGAGUCAAAAAAAAUCGAAUCAAUUAGAAAAGGUGAAUCGAAAAUUAUGCAAACAGAAUCUAAAGCAGAAACUUCCCCAACAGAUACGAAAGAAGCUUUUAAAUUACUUCAUCAGAAACAUAUUUCUGCAUGCUCUGAAAGUGAAGCAAUAGAUUCAGAGCAUAAGUUAAUAGGAAAAUACAAAAAUAAAAGUCGGAUCGAUAAGAAAAAUAAGUCAUUUAAAAAAUAUAACCAACUUUACAUUUUACAUUCUAAAAAUAUUCAGAAACCUGGUUCCCUAAAAAAUCGAAACUUCAAAGGAAAUAAUUUUCAAAAAUUUUUUCAACAGAAUUCAAUCAAUAGAAUUAUUGAAUUAGCUGAUAAUGUAGAAACAUCAAGUGAAGAACGUAAACCUUUAGAAGAAAAUAGAUGCAUCGAAAUCGAUUUGGAAAAUCCUUUCAAUUUAGAUUAUCAUGGUUUAGACUACCAAAAUACAUAUAAAAAUGACGAACAAAACUUUCAAAAUAUUAGAGAAUACCGGAAAAUAAAACGUUAUGCAAAUCGAAUUCAAACGAAAAAGAAUAUUGAUAGAAUAUGCAAGGAAGAAGAUGAAAUUGAUAAAUUUGCAAUACCACCUUAUUUUAGCAUUAAUAUAUCAUAUGAUUCGAAUGGAGAUCCUAUUGAAUUUUCAAAACUGAAUAAGUUAUCUUCAGAUUCUUCAGAAAGUUUUCAUGUCGGACCACUUUAUCGUACCGAAAAGAAACCAAUCAAUCGUUUUAUUAUCAAAAUGGAAAGGAAACAAAGGGAGGGCCGGUAUCGAAAUUUAAUUGAGAGAAAUAAGGAAUAUAAUGCGGAAAUCGAAAAAAUUAAGAAGAAAACUGCAGAAAAUUUCAAACAAAAUAAAACAGUAAUUGUCGCAGAAGAAACUUUCAAUAAAUUUUACAAUAAGAAGUCAUUUAAUUCUGACACAUUAAACACAGAAUUAACCGAAAAAAAGACUAAAAUUUUUCCAUGCACCCUACCUGAAAUGAAGAAGUUAAAACAUAAAAUGAAAGUAUUGAAAUUUAUUGAUUUUGAAAAAUGCAAACUACGUAAGCGUUUCUUCAAUAAUAUAGGAACCCCAACACAAUUAGAGGAAACCAAACUUUUUUCAAUGAGUUUAUCAGAAUUUUCAAAUUCAGAACAAUCCAAUAAAGAUGAUGACAAUAUUGAAAUUAAACGGGAAGGGGAAAAAUAUUACUUAGAAGGGUUUCAUUAUCGGACUGGAAACGAAAUUUGCGAUAAAUAUUCGAAAACGGAUAAAUCUGUUGAAGUCAAUAUUAACCGGAAAGUUUGCUCUAGGCUAGGUUCAUCGUUUUUGAAAGAGCUUAAUACAGAAACUCCUAAAUACAACGCGUCGCAUAAUAGGUCGAAUUUUCAAAAAUCAAAAAUUUAUCCUUCUACUUUCAAACCAGCACGAAAAACUGAAGCGGUGCAUCCUUUAAGAGAAGUCGCUAAACCAUUUGGCGAGAAAUAUAAAUUUGUUGUAAAACGAAAUAUUGAAUGUAAAAAGCCUAAAGCUAACAAAAUUAAAAAAUUUAAUUUAUAUAAUUAUAUAUUUAGUGAUGAUAAAACAAAGAUAUCGGAUUCUACUGAAUACUAUCAUCUCGCAAAAAUGGAAAAUAUAGAAAGCAUCUCAGAAUACAUACGAAAUAAAAAGAAAUUUAAAAAUGAUGUAAGACGUCAGAAACGAAAACAACGCUUAAAAUAUUUAGGUAUUUCGUAUAAACCGAAGCAAUCGAAUCAUUUAUCUUUUUGUCGAGAAUCAUCUGAGUCUGAAGAUUCCGAUUGGGUACCUAAAGAAUAUAAAAACGUUGCAAAAAUUGACUGCGAACUCCUUUCAAAAGAAAAUUUGCCAAGAUCUAAUUGCACUCCAUUUGCAAAAAAUACAUUGACUAAGUUUAAAUAUAUGCCAGCACCUCGAUUUCGUGAGUCAACACUACAACGAAAUCCUAAUAAUAUCCGUGAUUUAAACGAACAAGUAUCUGAAUCGGUCAUUUUAGAAGAAGAACAUACUAAAUUACCAUAUCUCAAAUGUCCAGAAAGUGAUAAAAAUAUUCCAAUGAAGCUAGGUGAACCUAAAAAAAAUUUUAUGACUUUUCUGAAAACGCGUCAUCAUCAUGAACAUCAUCAAGCGACACAACAUAAAGAUCUUAAAGUGUUAUUCAAGCCAAAAUAUCCCAAAAUAUCCCAAGUUAAUAAUUCAGAUAAUUUUGAAAAAACUACUAAUAAAGCAAAUACACAAUUAAAGAAUAUUUUUAAACAAAUCUCUGCAUCCAAAAUCAAUAAUCAGAACUCAGUUUCAAUUGUAUACAAAGAAAAUAAUCCUCCUAAAACAACAGAAAACCAAAUUGAAACGAAAGACAUUGAACAACAAAAUAUAUUAGAACAAUAUCACAACAAAUAUGAAUCGGUACUUUGUUUUCCUGAUAUUGACGAUUUCCAUCUGCUGAUUGAGGAGAUCCAAAAUUCUGAAACUGAAAGCCCAGAUAAAGAAGCGCAAGGGAUGCAAUUCAAAAAAGUGUCAAAUUUAUUGGACAAAAAUGAAAUUAUAAAAAAUUUCACAAAUGAAUUAGAAAGCAUAAAGUCAUGCCUAUCUUCACUAGAUAGUUCGAUUUGCACAAAUUUCACCAAUGACAGUGGAAGCUUCCUUAUGGCUACUAAUAAAAAAAUUCCACUUGAUUUUUUACGAAAGUCGGUCAUACCAUUUGAAGAAACUAAUCGUACACGUAUUAAAGCAAUACCAAUACCACUGCAUGAAAAUGAAGAAGAUCCUUAUAAAGUAGUACAUUUCGCUGGACAAAAAACUGAAGAAAUAAAAAAUGUCAUAUAUGAAUUUCAUACUUUCUCUCAUGAAAAUCGUAAAGGUAUUCGUGAUCGUAUAUUUGUCCCGUUGACUAAUAUAUCAAAAGUGAAAUUGGGACUUAAGGGUUCUAAAAAAUAUACACCAAAAUAUGCCUCUGAUUUAGAUGAAAUAUAUAUUAAAGAUUUAGAAAAGGGACCUGUAACAAAAAUUUUUCGUCGUUCCUCAGCCCAUUUACUUAAAACCGCAUUACGAAAAAAAUAUAUUUGUUGGUGCAUUCAACAAAAGUUACUGGAACAAAAAUCAGUCGAUGAGAAACAAUUAUUAUAUUAUAUAAAUAUAGAAAAAAUGAAAAAUUUAUUUAACAAUUUCUUUUUCAAAUUACAAAAAAUGUAUUAUGACAAAUUAAAAGAGGUUGAAUAUGAAAUUGAACCAAAUUAUUUAAUAACAAAAGAUUUAAGAAAUAAAUUGAAAGAACUAGAAAAAGAAAUGACUAUUAUUAGUAUGAAUAUUAUCUGCAUUGAAAAUAAACUAAAUAAACUUGUUAUUCUCCAAAAUUUUCAAUAUUUGCUAAAAGAUGAAAAAUGGAGAAUUGAACAUGAUUGGUUACACAAAAAACAUGAUGGUGCUUUAGAAAAUUAUCGGGAUUCAAUUGAGAAACGCUCCUCCCAAAACGUUCUUGAAAGAAAUCGGGAUGAUGUUUGGGCCAUUAAGAAAUUUUAUGAAAAACAUUUUGUUAAUUCCCGUCAUCCUGUAUUAAUUUGCUUUCCAAAUGCAACAUCUUUCAAUUCGGCUUUAAAGGACUUAGAAUCAAAAACUUUUACCCAAUUCAUAAAUUUGAAUUCUAUUUUAAUAUUCCACGCAAACUUGCAAAAUCAGUAUAAUCAAAUUUUGGUAAAGAGCAAAAAUUGCCAUUAUAAUGCAACGGGCCAAUUAAUUAGAAUAAAAGACAUUAAACAAACAUUUAUGUUAAAUAGAAAUAUGGAAUUGCAAAAAGAAACACAACAUUUAAGUAAUGAACCACUUGCCAAAUCUGUCGCUUCAACAAAUUUAAGAACUAUAAAAGCUUUCGUUGAAGUACUCUACAAAAAACUUGUACCUUGGAGUAUCAGACAGUCGAUGAAGGAAGAUGUUAGUUUUAAAGAUCAAACCACUAUCAUUUGGGAAUACUUAUUAAAUUUAUUAGCAAAAAUUGACGAAAUUCCAAAAAAAAUCCGAGAUUCUACAAUGUUGAAAUACCGUAGGCGUUUAAAAGUUGAUACUUCAAUUUCAAAAAAAGCAGUAGAAAUAGAAAAUCGUAUUACUACUUCUAUGAACACAGUUCAAAUGCUUUUAAAACCACCAAAAUUAAAAGAUCGUAAGGAAACUUUAAAAAAAUACAGUAGUAUUAAAUUAAAAAAAAAACGUGAAACAGACGAAAUUAAGGAAGAGCCUAUUCCAGAAAAAAUUCAAUUUUUUUAUGAAGCCCUGCACGAUAUUCAAGAUAUGCCCGAAAUUACUAAAAAAGAUCACGUUGAAAUUGAAGAAAUUUUAACUGGAAUUGAAGAAGAAAGUAUUACAUUCCAUUUUGAUCAUUUCCUGCGUAUUAACGAUUAUGAACCAGACUAUAAUUAUAAAACACAAAUAGAAAUUAUUGAUGGUUCUGAAGAGAAUUACUUCAAGUAUGAAGAUGUAAUUCCAUACGUAAAACAGCAAGUUGAGGUUUGGGAAAAAAAUCGCAUAAUAAAAAUUAAACAACAUAUAGAAGAAAAUCAAAAAUUAUAUACUGACAUUAAAACUUAAUUUGUCUUAAAAACAUACCUAAAAUA